UCCGGUCUGUUCAAACACUCCGCGCAGCGGAGGAGGCGGUGAUGUCGGCUCCUCACGUUGUGACUGAGGCGGCGGCUGGGUGUCCUUCCCGCCCUGCUUGUCUUCCUUGUUACCAGGACUCGCGCGCGCGGGGAGUGGUUUUAGGCGGGGAAGCCGCUCGCUUCAUGGAGACAGAGAAGGAAAGGACCGGGGGGCAUCCCAGAAAGGGCCAGAAGAGGAGACAGGUCCCCAACCAGCUGGUCCGGGCGACAGAGACGAGGAGAGCCCGCUGGGCCCAGGAGGACAUGCAGCCCGAGGCUAAGAAAGCUCGCUUAUCUACCAUUUUAUUUGCUGGUAAUUGUGAAAUAACUCAUGGCCAACUGUGUGAAUUGCUGAAGUAUGCAGUUCUUGGAAAAUCCAAUAUUUCUAGACCCAGUUGGUGCCAGAUUUUUCACCAAAACCACCUAAAAAAUGUGGUGAUUUUUAUUCUUCAAGGAAUGAGCCAGCUGCAUUUCUACAAAUUCUAUAUGGAGUUCGAAUUUCUCCGAAAAACAUUCAGACACAAAUUCUGCUUGCCUGCUCCAUCAUCCAAUUUUCUAGCUGAUAUCAUUGGCCUGCAGAAGAAAACAGCUGGAGAUGUGCCUAAGAAUAGUGAAGGAUCUUUACCUUCUGCUAGUUCAAAGGCCAAUAUCAACCUGCAAGAUAACCCCAUCAUUCAAAAGUAUGGCUCUAAUAAAGUAGACUUGAUCAACUGCCUUCUAACAGUGGAAGAAAUGAAAACAUUUCGCUUUCCAUUGCAAGGUUCUCCUGGCUAUGAAAACUUUGUACCUACCAAAUGUAAUGGUUCUAUAACAGACAGGAGUCCUCUCUUUGGACUUGACUGUGAAAUGUGCCUCACAUCCAAGGGGAAAGAAAUAACACGCAUCUCACUGGUAGCUGAAGGGGGCUGCUGUAUUAUGGAUGAAUUGGUCAAACCAGAUGACAAGAUUGUGGACUACCUCACCAGCUCUUCAGGAAUCACAAAGACUAUUCUUAACUCAGUGACAACCAAACUCAAAGAUGUACAGAGGCAAUUAAGAGCACUGCUUCCUCCUGAUGCUGUGUUAGUGGGACACUUACUAGACUUGGAUCUCAGAGCAUUGAGAAUGAUACAUCCAUAUGUUAUUGAUACCUCAUUGCUUUAUGUCAGAGAGCAGGGCAGAAGAUUUAAGCUAAAAUUCUUAGCCAAAGCUAUUUUGGGGAAGGACAUACAUCGUACAAACAGGGUUGGUUAUGAUGCUACAGAAGAUGCUAGAACAGCCCUUGAAUUGGCUCAGUAUUUCCUUAAGAAUGGCCCAAAGAAGAUUGCAGAACUCAAUCUAGAGUCACUGGGUGGUAGUAACCAAAAACUGCAAGAAGCAGGCCAAAAGCCAAAAAACAGAAUAGAAGUUCAGCACCCAAACGCAAGUGUUUUAGAAUGUUUGCACUUAAUGGGUCAGAAGCUCCUUUUUGUGGCCUGGGAGACAGAUGCUACUAAAUUUUCUUCUUAUGGAAACUGUGAAACUAUUAAGUGCCUUUCAAAUAAAGAGGUCUUUGAUCAAGCCAGAGUGGAAGUUCCCCUCUUUCCCUUCAGCAUUGUCCAGUUCUCUUUUGAGUCCUUUUCACCUGUCCUCACUGAGGAGAUGAGUAAAAAGAUGAAGACUAAGUGGAGAGAGAUGUCAACUGUCUAUGUUGGGCCGGUUAGCAAAACUUGCAACUUUAGAGCUCUGAAGAGGCUGUUGAAGAGCUUUGGCCCAGUUGAGUCAAUGUCUUUUGUUCUUGAAACUUAUCAGCUUCAUCUCUGUGUACAGUAUGAAGUCCUAGAAGCUGCUCAGCUGGCCAUAGAGUCCUUGAAUGGUGUUAUGGUGGAAGGUAUCUAUGUCAAGGUGCGGAGGCCUGUGACAGAGCUUACUCUUGAUUGUGAUAUACUGGUGAAUGAGCUGGCACAAGAUUCUGAAAACCGAGAUACUAUUUAUCUGUCUGGAGUGAGUGAAGCCUUCAAAGAACACAUGUUCCAGCAGUGCGACCACUUCCGAGGCCUAGAAGCUGUGAUCCUGCCUAAAGAAAGUGGAAAGCAGAAAAAAUACUGUUUCCUGAAAUUCAAAACUUCCGGCAAUGCCCAGAGGGCCCUCACCAUUCUCGCAGGCAAGGACUGGAAGCUGAAAGGCAGGGGAGCCCUAACCCCCAGGCACCUCCACGAAUGGCUCAGGGACUUCUCAUCUGAAUCAAGAAGACCUCCAGGGCUUCGAAUAACACCUCUUCCUUCAGAUCAGCAGGCCUUGCAGACUCUGAAGACGGACCAUCCAAAGAUAGCAGCUUGGCACUGGGGCCAGAAGAUUGGAAAGCUCUACCACAAUAUGGACCCAGGUACCCUCUGCCUCGUCCUGCUUCCAGGAUCCAAGAGCAGCAUUUAUGGAUCACUCCCUGGCCUAGGACUGAUGGCCAUAAAAGAUGAAGAGGGAUGUACCGCCACAGGCAUGGGUUUGUGAGUCUGCCCAUCACUUUGCACAUGUUUCUUACCUUUCAUGGACAGCUGCCAGGCCUCUUCAUCAGCUUCUGUGGAAACAUGGUGUACCAGCUAAAGUUCCAUUUAUAUGCCAUUGGCAAAUUUUCAUUAUGUGCCUAAAAUUCAAGCAUUCUUCAUCUUAAGAAUCCAGUUCUAUUUUCUUUUUGUAAGUUUAUACACCCAGUUGCUCAUUUCAUGAGCACUCCCAUGAAAUGGUAUAUCUGAUGAAGUCAGGAAGAAUGACUUGUGGAGAAAACCACCGAAUAAGCAUUUGUCAAAGUCAUAAUAAAUGUUUGAAUAAAGCAAAUUUCUGUAAGGCAAA